GAUGCCUUCAGUCCGGUUCCACCGCAUCCUUCUUCGCUGAAUCAAACAUAACGACAUACAAACGGAUGUGGAAAUUCAUGUCCAGUCAUGACGGAGUGCUCCAGAGGUCUAACGACAUGGGAAAGAAGGCGGUGGAGAACGGCGAAGGAAAAUAUGCCUUUCUUAUGGAAAGCGCUUCCAUUGAGUAUACAGUAGAAAGAUUUUGCAAUUUAACACAAAUCGGAGGUCUUCUCGACAGCAAAGGCUACGGAAUCGCUGCCAGAAAAGACUCUCCAUUCCGGAUGCCUUUAUCCCAAGCGAUCCUUCAGUUACAAGAGAGUGGGGUUUUGUUGAUACUGAAGGAGCGCUGGUGGAAGCAGAAGAAGGGCGGCGGACAGUGUAUGGAAGACCAUAAGAAGGGCUCCGGAUCUGUCACACCUCUCAAGAUCGACAACGUCGGCGGUGUGUUUGUCGUACUGCUCGGUGGCCUCUCUUUCUCCCUAUUUGUAGCCAUAAUGGAGUUCAUGUGGAAAGCGAGGAAUUUCACGAUAGACCAGGACACGAUAUGUGAGGAAAUGUUAAGUGAUCUUAAAUUCGCGUUUUCCUGUCAAAGCUCCUCGAAGUCCGCGAAACCGAGACUUGAGGAAAGCGCUUCCAUUGAGUAUACAGUAGAAAGAUUUUGCAAUUUAACACAAAUCGGAGGUCUUCUCGACAGCAAAGGCUACGGAAUCGCUGCCAGAAAAGACUCUCCAUUCCGGAUGCCUUUAUCCCAAGCGAUCCUUCAGUUACAAGAGAGUGGGGUUUUGUUGAUACUGAAGGAGCGCUGGUGGAAGCAGAAGAAGGGCGGCGGACAGUGUAUGGAAGACCAUAAGAAAGGCUCCGGAUCUGUCACCCCUCUCAAGAUAGACAAUGUCGGCGGUGUGUUUGUCGUACUGCUCGGUGGCCUCUCUUUCUCCCUAUUUGUAGCCAUAAUGGAGUUCAUGUGGAAAGCGAGGAAUUUCACGAUAGACCAGGACACGAUAUGUGAGGAAAUGUUAAGUGAUCUUAAAUUCGCGUUUUCCUGUCAAAGCUCCUCGAAGUCCGCGAAACCGAGACUUGAGUACAAAUACGACGAAAAGAGUGGUCUUCCGCCACAAUUAGGGCCACAUUUUUCUACUAUCUAUUGAUUUACACAAUCAUUAUUUAAAGGCAGCAAUAAUUGCGAUAUAAAACACCCGCAAUAGAAAAACAAGAAGCAAAAUUUGUUGAAUGAAAUUACAAUCAAAUCAUUAUCUCAUUGUUACCACUAAUUGUCUGCCGGAAUGGCAUUCAAAUCUGUUCUUUUGUAUAGUAUUUCAUGAAAUAUUUAUGUUUUAAAUACGAAAUAUACAAAACAAAAACGAUAAAAAAAACUCAGUUUAAAAACUAAAUAAAAAUCCAAACCAUUAUUUUCGACAAAACAAUACACAUUACGGAAUCGCUUUCGGGCCCCAAAUCUCAUUCAUUACUUCUUAUAAUUAUUAUCAAUCAUUGGCUGAAAAUACAAGAAUAUUCUGAUUAUUAGAUUAGUUAAACAGUUAGCAUAACUCUCUCUUUCUCUCUCUUACACUCAAUGGUCGUUCAUUUGUAGCUAUUAUUCAAUUACUAUUGAUUUGGAGUUUACGCACAGAUCGUCACUAAAUUCUCAAUACAUUAAUUAAUGCCGUAUUUAUUGUUACAACAGAUCCAUUGUUUUCGUCAACUAUUUUCAUGAUUCACGACAUUUCACUUUCGUUUCGCUGAAAUGAUUAUCAAAUAAAUGAUUUUCAUACACACAAUGUUAAUACAAGUGUUUAUUUCCGACCAAUUUUUCAUUUAAAUUCAUUCAACAACACAAACAGACCC